AGAUGGCAGCGGUUACAACGGAUCUGUUCUUCACCCCCCACCGUCACACCCCCCACCACCACCGCCGUCGCCGCGCAAUUCUCAGGCCUGUCCAGACCUUGCACCUCGCUUCGAAAAAACCCACACCUUUUCACUUGACUUGCAGGAGCGCCACAAACGGCCGCGGCAACGUCUGCUUCCUCAAUUCCACUGCUAUCCGGUCCUCAGGAGCCACCGCCGUCGAGACUUCUGAAUCUUCUGAGGUUACCUUCAGCGAAACGUUCGAUUUGAAGCGAGCUGAAAAGUUGGAGGGAAAGAUUACAAUCAGAUUGGACAGUGGGGAAAAUGAAGAAAAUAUGCAGCUUAUUGUGGGAUGCAGUUUACUCGGAAAAUGGGUUCUUCACUGGGGAGUUCAUUAUCUGGAUGAUGUUGGCAGUGAGUGGGAUCAGCCCCCUUUGAGUAUGAGACCUCCGGGUUCUGUCCCCAUUAAGGACUAUGCAAUUGAAACUCCUUUUGAAAAAUCAUCUGCAUUGCCGGAAGAAGAAGCAAUUUCUGAAGUAAAGAUUGACAUUAAUAAGGGCAGUUCUAUUGCGGCUAUAAAUUUUGUACUAAAGGAUGAGGAAAGUGGGCAUUGGUAUCAACAUAGAGGAAGAGAUUUCAGAGUGCCCCUUAUUGGCCGGCCUCAGGAUGAUGGAAAUGUUACAGAAAUGAAAAAGAACACGGACAUGUGGUCAGAUGCAUUGGGACAGAUAUCCAACCUCAUUGUUAAACCCGAAGCUUCUGAUUCUAGGGGAGAUCAAAUUUGGAAAUCUAACUUGAAAAAUGGACCUCUUCAAGGUGUUUAUGAAGAGCACCCUGUCUUUAAGGAAGUAUUUACUAGUAACUCAAUAAGUGUGUCAGUGAGGCACUGCCCAGAUGUUGCAAAAAAUAUUGUGUACUUGGAAACUGAUUUACCUGGAGAUGUUGUUGUUCACUGGGGUGUUUGCAGAGAUGAAGGUAAAUCGUGGGAAAUUCCAGCAGGUCCAUAUCCUUCUGAAACAAGCAUGUUCAGGAAUAAGGCUUUGCGUACUCUGUUACAGAAGAAGGAAGAUGGCUGUGGUGCUCAGGGUUCAUUUACACUGGAUGAAGGAUUUGUGGCAUUUGUUUAUGUGCUGAAGCUGAAAGAUAAUACAUGGUUAAAUUGGAAAGGAAAUGACUUCUACAUACCCUUAGAAACUUCUGUAGUAACAGACAAGGAUUCUGGUAUUAUUCAUUCUGGAAACGUGGAAUUGCUCGAGGAGUUCGCUGGCCCUGCAGGGGCUGAGGAAGACAAUGCUGAAUCAAACGUAACAGUAUCUUCAGAAACAACUGAUAUCCUUAAUGAGAUAAGGAGUUUAGUAACUGAUAUUGCAACUGAAAAGAGUAGAAAAACUAAAAGUAAGGAAGCACAGGAAAGCAUACUCCAUGAAAUAGAGAAGCUAGCUGCAGAAGCCUACAGUAUCUUCCAAAGUACUGUGCCCAAACCUGUAGAUACUGAUCCGUCAGAAACUGAAAGUUCGCAAACCCCUGUGAAGAUAUCUUCAGGUACUGGUUCAGGAUUCGAAAUACUGUGCCAAGGAUUUAACUGGGAAUCACAUAAAUCUGGAAAUUGGUACAUGGAGCUUUACAAUAAAGCGUCAGACUUGUCAUCGUUUGGUUUUACUGUGAUAUGGUUGCCUCCACCCACUGAUUCUGUGUCACCUGAAGGCUACAUGCCUCGAGAUUUGUACAACUUGAAUUCCAGGUAUGGAAACAUGGAUCAAUUAAAGACUCUUGUGGAGAGACUGCAUGAAGUUGGGAUUACUGUCCUUGGGGAUGUUGUCUUAAACCAUCGAUGUGCUCAGUAUAAGAAUUCAAAUGGUGUAUGGAACAUUUUUGGUGGCCGCUUAAACUGGGAUGAUCGUGCAGUAGUUUCUGAUGAUCCACAUUUCCAGGGACGGGGCAAUAAGAGUAGUGGGGAUAGUUUUCAUGCAGCUCCAAACAUUGAUCAUUCCCAAGAAUUUGUGAGGAAAGAUAUAAAGGAAUGGUUACAGUGGUUACGAAAAGAAAUAGGUUAUGAUGGAUGGAGGCUUGAUUUUGUCCGAGGUUUUUGGGGUGGGUAUGUCAAGGAUUACUUGGAAGCUACUGAGCCUUACUUUGCCGUGGGAGAGUUCUGGGAUUCACUUAGUUACACUUAUGGUGAGAUGGAUCAUAAUCAAGACGCGCAUAGACAGAGAAUUGUUGAUUGGAUAAAUGCUACAAAUGGGACUGCGGGUGCAUUUGACGUCACAACAAAAGGAAUCCUUCAUUCAGCACUUGAAAGAUGUGAAUAUUGGAGAUUGUCGGAUCAGAAAGGAAAACCGCCAGGAGUGGUAGGAUGGUGGCCAUCUAGGGCUGUGACUUUCAUUGAGAAUCACGAUACUGGUUCCACUCAGGGCCACUGGAGAUUCCCCGGUGGAAAAGAAAUGCAAGGUUAUGCCUAUAUCUUGACUCACCCUGGAACGCCGUCAGUGUUCUAUGAUCACAUCUUUUCUGAAUACCAAUCUGAAAUAGCAGCACUUAUGUCCAUCAGAAAACGAAAAAAGAUUCAUUGUCGGAGCACAGUUAAAAUAGUGAUGGCAGAAAGAGAUGUUUAUGCAGCAAUUAUUGAUGACAAGUUAGCAAUGAAGAUUGGACCUGGUCAUUUCGAGCCCUCAACUGGCUCACAAAACUGGUCUUUGGCAAUUGAGGGCCGAGAUUACAAAGUCUGGGAAACAUCAUAAAUAGAGGCAACGCCACAGUUUCUUCUCACCAUUUUUAAGAUUAUCAAACAGUCUCGUAAGAGACUCAAAGUUCAUUGGAAAUGUGUCAAUAAUUAUGUCUGCAUAAAGUUGCGACAAUUAUUUGUCCAGAAGAUUGCUACAAUCCUAAGGUUUGGCCUAAAUGCUUUCAUCUAAGUAAUUGUCGGUAAAUAAGAAACCGACGAGAGGCUGGCUGGAAACUAAAUAAACCAUCCGAAUCACAGCAAAGGCGCAUCACAAGAUGUUUAUAUUUUACACAACGAUACACACGAUUAAGACAGGUGAUUGUAUGCUAGUAACUUUUGAUCAUACUCUGCAAUACUUUUAUACAAACUGUAUUGACACUAUGCAAUUAAUUUAUCUUUCGUGCGUCUGA